AUGCGGCUCCCCGGCGUGCCGGGCGCGCUCGCCCCCUCCCUGCUCGCCUUGCCCCUGGCCUUCAGCGUGAACGGCGUGGCCGCCCUGGCAGAGAGCCCGGCGGCGCUGGUGCUGACGGGGGUGCUGGUGCUCGCGGGUCUCUUUUUCGUCGUCACCUUCGUGAGCGGAUGGGGCCACUUCCAGGACCCCCUUUUCUGCGUGUUCGUGACGCUCUCCUUCGCCUCCGCCGUCGACCUGAUCAUCUCGCUGGAGGAGGACGGCUACAUCUCGGGCUUCGCGGAGCUCUUCGUCAGGGAGGGCGAGCCGUACCUGCGCACGGCCCACGGCAUCAUGAUCUGCUACUGGGACGGCAUCGUCCACUACGGUCUCUACCUCGCCAUGAUCGCGGCCAUGAGCCGAAGGAAGAGCUACAGGAGCCUGGGUCUCUUCUGGCUGGGCUCUCUGAUGAUGAGCAUCGUCGUCUUCCUGCUCGGGAACCUGACCGGGAAGUACAGCUCCGACGUGGGGCCGGCCUUCCUGCUCAACGUGCCCUACGUGCUGCUGCCCGCCUGGGCCGGGGCGAGGCUCUUCCAGCAGCCCAGGGCCCUGCCGUGCCUCGCUGCUGAUAAGAUCGCCGAGGAGCAGCGCAAGGGUCUGCACCGGCGGCCCCAGGACCUGGGUCUGGUCCUGUUCUUGAUCCUAGCCGCGGCGUUCACCUUCUUCAGGGGCCUGGUGGCUCUGGACUGCCCCGCCGACGCGUGCUUCGAGUACGUCUACCAGCGCGAGCCCUACCUGCGCGACCCCGUCGCCUACCCCAAGGUGCAGAUGCUGCUCUGCUUGUUCUACGUCCUCCCCUUCUUCUGCCUCUGCAUCUACGGGCUGGUGCGACCCGCCUGCGCCUGGCUGCCCGACUGGAGCCUGGUGUUCGCGGGCGCCGUCGCCCAGGCGCAGUUCUCCCACCUGGGCUCCUCGCUGCACGCCCGCACCCCCUUCCCCUACCAGACCCCCGAGGACGUCUGGUGGAGCUUCCUCCUCACCAAUGUCCUCUACGCGCUGGGCCCGCAGCUCCUGGCGUACCGCUGCCUCCGCCGCCCCGCGUUCUUCCUGCCCGCCGCCCCCGCCGCCGGCCUGCACGGGGCCAAAAAGCAGCAGUGAGGGGCCCGGCCCGCCCGGGCGGUGCUGCAGGGGGGCGUCCGGGGCACCGCGCGCCCCUGCCUCCGGGCCCACCGCCCCCCCCCGGCGU